UGGAAGCUGAUGGAAAAUCGAGCUCUGGACCCAGGGACUCGGGACUCCUAUGGUGCCACCAGCCACCUCCCAAACAAGGGGGCCCUGGCGAAGGCCAAGAACAACUUCAAAGACCUGAUGUCCAAGCUGACGGAGGGCCAGUAUGUGCUGUGCCGAUGGACAGAUGGACUGUAUUACCUAGGGAAGAUCAAGAGGGUCAGCAGUUCUAAGCAAAGCUGCCUUGUGACUUUUGAAGAUAAUUCCAAAUACUGGGUCCUGUGGAAGGACAUACAGCAUGCUGGUGUUCCCGGAGAGGAGCCCAAGUGCAACAUCUGCCUGGGGAAGACAUCAGGGCCACUGAAUGAGAUCCUCAUCUGUGGCAAGUGUGGCCUGGGUUACCACCAGCAGUGCCACAUCCCCAUAGCAGGUGGUGCCGACCAGCCCCUGCUCACACCUUGGUUCUGCCGACGUUGCAUUUUCGCUCUGGCUGUGCGGAAAGGCGGCGCGCUAAAGAAGGGCGCCAUCGCCAGGACACUGCAGGCCGUGAAGAUGGUGCUGUCCUAUCAGCCCGAAGAGCUCGAGUGGGACUCGCCCCACCGCACCAACCAGCAGCAGUGCUACUGCUACUGCGGCGGGCCCGGAGAGUGGUACCUGCGGAUGCUGCAGUGCUACCGGUGCAGGCAGUGGUUCCAUGAGGCCUGCACCCAGUGCCUCAAUGAGCCCAUGAUGUUCGGAGACCGGUUCUACCUGUUCUUCUGCUCCGUGUGUAACCAGGGCCCAGAGUACAUCGAGAGGCUGCCCCUGCGAUGGGUGGAUGUGGUUCACCUGGCCCUCUACAACCUGGGAGUGCAGAGCAAGAAGAAGUACUUUGACUUUGAGGAGAUUCUGGCCUUUGUCAACCACCACUGGGAGCUCCUGCAGCUUGGCAAGCUCACCAGUACCCCUGUGACGGAUCGAGGACCACAUCUCCUCAACGCCCUGAACAGUUACAAAAGCCGGUUCCUCUGCGGCAAGGAGAUCAAGAAGAAGAAGUGCAUCUUCCGCCUGCGCAUCCGUGUCCCGCCCAACCCGCCAGGGAAGCUGCUGCCUGACAAGGGCCUGGUGCUGAGUGAGAAUGGCACCUCCUCUGAGCUGCGUAAGAGAGGAAAGAGCAAGCCUGGUUUGUUGCCUCACGAAUUCCAGCAGCAGAAAAGGCGAGUUUAUAGAAGAAAAAGAUCAAAGUUUUUGCUGGAAGAUGCUAUUCCCAGUAGUGACUUCACCUCGGCCUGGAGCACCAACCACCACCUUGCCAGCAUAUUUGACUUCACUUUGGAUGAAAUUCAAAGUUUAAAAAGCGCCAGCUCCGGCCAGACAUUCUUCUCAGAUGUGGACUCCACUGACGCCGCCAGCACCUCUGGCUCUGCCUCCACCAGCCUCUCCUAUGACUCCAGACGGACAGUGGGCAGCCGCAAGAGGAAGCUGGCAGCCAAAGCCUACAUGCCACUGCGGGCAAAGCGGCGGGCAGCCGAGCCGGGCGGACGCUGCCCCUCAGACAGCAGUGCAGAGGGGGCUUCAGGACCUGAGCGGCCAGACGAAGGCAUUGACAGCCACACAUUUGAGAGCAUCAGUGAAGACGACUCGUCUUUGUCCCACCUCAAGUCAUCUAUCACUAACUACUUUGGUGCGGCUGGGCGGUUGGCCUGUGGGGAAAAGUACCAGGUGCUGGCUCGGAGGAUCACACCCGAGGGCAAGGUUCAGUACCUGGUGGAGUGGGAAGGGACCACCCCUUACUGACUAGCCCUCAGGGGAUGCCAGGAGCCCUGGAAACCAAAGGAGGGACAGCGG